UUCAAAAAUAUGUAAUUGGAGCAUGAACAAGGACUUUUAUUUUGAAUCCAGCCUUUACCUUUGUUGACAUUUUUACCUACACCGGCUUCAUUCAUCAUGUGUAGCAUCAUUUAGCUCAUAUUUUUCUGCAUUAAAUAUUGAUAUGUGCCAGAAAAGGUCUGGAGAAUAUAUAUGGCAGUAAGACCACCAAUUAAGAUGGAAGAAAGGCAGUAUUCAUCUCUGACGGCCCCUAUGGAUUAUCUUCAGUAUUGGUAUCAAACCAAUCCCCAGCAGUACCAACCGGAGCAGGUGCCACAGUACCACCAGCUGGUUAAUGCUUCACAGUAUGGCGAGAGACCCAUGGAAGACAAAAUCAUGACUGAUUUAGCAGUGCAUCAAGAUCCAUAUCUGGAUCAACCUCAUCAGCCUCACCAAGAUCCAUAUCUGGAUCAACCUCAUCAAGAUCCAUAUCUGGAUCAACCUCAUCAAGAUUCGUAUCUGGAUCAACCUCAACAUCAUCAUCAUCAUCAACCCUCUGUCCAACAACCAGCCCCUCCGGCAUUGACAGCUAAAGGAAAGAAAAGGGGAAGGCCUCUAAAAGGUGAAGGAAAGGAAAGGACAGAAGCCGAGGAGUCUGCCAAGAAAGCAAAGAGGACGUUAGAUCGGUUCAACGGCAUGUCAGUGGAGGAAGUCAUGUCUAGAAAGCUACCAGAUGUCAUCACACAUAAUCUUGACUUGCUGAUUAUCGGCAUCAAUCCUGGACUGUUGUCAGCCUUCAAGGGAAGACAUUAUCCAAAUCCUGGGAACCAUUUUUGGAAGUGCUUGUUUCUCUCCGGGCUGACUGAAGAACAGCUGAACCACAUGCACGAUCAGACACUACCUGAACGCUAUGGCAUUGGUUUCACCAAUAUGGUGGAGAGGACCACACCUGGGAGUAAAGACCUAUCAAACAAAGAGAUCCGUGAAGGUGGCCACCAGCUUUUGGAAAAACUCCAGAAAUACAGACCUUUAAUCGCUGUGUUCAAUGGGAAAUGUAUUUAUGAAACAUUUUGCAAGGAGAUAUUUGGAGUGAAAGCCAAGAACUUAGAGUUCGGAUUGCAGCCCUACAAAGUGCCCGAAACGGAGACGGUUUGCUAUCUGAUGCCAUCGUCAAGCCCACGCUGUGCCCAGUUUCCUCGUGCUCAGGACAAAGUGCACUUCUACAUCAAGCUAAAAGAUCUCAGGGAUCAGCUGAAGGGAGAGGUGAAGACUCAGGAGAUCCAAGAGACAAACUACACAUUUGAUGUGGCUCUGGCCAAAGAGGAUGCCAAAAGAUUGGCAAUUAAAGAAGAGCAGCAUGACCCUGAGUACGAGAAGACCUGUGCACAUGGAUCAUGGGGGGAACCACAGCAAGCGUUUGGAGCCCAUCCGUCUACAGAUACAGGUAACGGACAACCGGUGGACAAUGCAGCCGUUUGCAGACCAGAUUCCAGACAUCAGAUGUAGCAACAGCCGAACAACCUGAGAAAAGUAGUUAUGGCACAAAGACUGUUUGUCUACACUGCAUGUACUGAGAAGGACCAACUAAACAUUUUUUUUUAUUCUUUUAUUUAAUAUUUCAAUAUGUUUUGGCUGUGUUCCUGAGUGAUGAUGUUAAGUUGUUACCUGGAAUAUUUAAUGUAUAUGAUUUCUCUGUGUUUGUGUGCGCGCGUGUUGCUUGGAUGAAUGUGAGACUUUCUGUUUGAGACAUUUUUCUAAUUUUUUGCCACUAUGUUUUUUAAUUACUUUUUUUUAAGGAAACUUUAAUCAUACACGACUGUCCAAAAGUUUGUGGUUAGUAAGAUUUUAUUUUUUUAAGAAAUUAAUACUUUAAAAAAAAAGUGACAGUAAAGACGUAUAAUGUUACAAAAUAUUUCAAUUUCAAAUGAACAUUUUUUCAACUUUCUAUUCAUCAAAGAAUCCUGACAAAUGUCAAUGAUCUUGACCACCAAAUCAGCAUAUUAGAAUGAUUUCUGAAUUAUUUCAAAUUAAGCCUGCCAUCAAAGGAAAAAUUACAUUUAAAAAAAAAAAAGAAUUGUAGUAAUACUUCACACUAUUACAGUUUUUCUGUAUUUUUGAUUAUUUAAAUGCAGCCUUGGUGAGCAGAAGAGACUUCUUUCAAAAAAUCUUACCAACCCCAAACCUUUGAAUGGUAAUGUAUGUUGACUGUUUGUUUAUAUAGUUUCAUAUUUACUAAAUUUAUACAUUUCUGUGGUAUUAGGAUUAUUCUGAGAAGACCCCUAAUAUUUGACAUGCACAUGUUUUUUUUUUCUUUUUUUUUUUUUUUUUUUUUCAUUAGGAGUAUUUCAGUGUAGCAAAUUGCAAACCAUGACUGGCCUCUGGAAGAGGUUUAUCACUGUGCAUGCCUUCAAUGCAUGGAUUUAUAUGGCAUGCUCAAUCCCACAUUAUGGUGCUUAUUGAAUACCGAUCACCCAAUUUACCUCAUUUUUGAAUGGUAUUUUUAGACUUUUUAGAAUUGUUUUGUUAUUUUGCAGUCAGUGGACAUAACUGUUUAUUAUUAUACCUGUUUUGUUGCAUAAUAAUAUUCCAGCUUUAUUGUUCCUGUGAGAAUUCUGUAACACGUAUGUUAUUCUGUAAGUUGUAUUUUAUUUUUUAUAUGUAUGUAUUACUAAAGGAACUGUUUUAGGGCAAAUAAAAGCAGAUAUGAAAAGCAA